AUGUGCAGUAGAGGCCAUUGGAGGCCGGCGGAGGAUGAGAAGCUUCGUGAAUUAGUGGAAAGAUAUGGACCUCAUAAUUGGAACGCCAUAGCCGAGAAGCUACACGGUAGAUCAGGAAAAAGCUGUAGGUUAAGAUGGUUCAAUCAGUUAGACCCGAGGAUCAAUCGGAGCCCGUUUACCGAGGAAGAGGAAGAACGCCUCCUGGCCUGCCACCGGAUUCACGGAAACCGGUGGGCCAUAAUAGCUCGACUUUUCCCGGGAAGAACGGAUAAUGCCGUCAAGAACCACUGGCACGUGAUCAUGGCCAGAAAAUGCCGAGAAAGGUCCAAAAUGUAUGCUAAAAGGGCUUCUCGACUUAAUAGUAUAAACCAUCAAGAAUAUUAUUCGUCGUCAUCCUCUUCAAAGCAAAUGUACGACGAGAUGUUGUUUGGGUUUUGUGGAGGGAAAAAAUCGAGUUUCGCGGAGGAAUUUAAAGUUUCCCGGGGAUUGUUAUUCGACAAUCAAAUGAAAGCAUUUUGGAAGAACGAGCUUUUUCAGCCUGCGGGCGAAUUGGGAGCUUGUCGUGCGAAAAUCGAUCUUGAAGGAAGAAAUAGCAAAGAGGUAGAAUUCUACGACUUUCUCCAAGUGAACGCAGACUCGAACAGAAGUGAAGUUAUAGACAACAACAACAACAACAACAAUGCUGCAAAGAAAGACAACUAUUUAGAGCAAGAAGAAGAAGUGAACCAGUUAAAAGCAGCAGCUCAAAUUAAUCAGAAGAAUUAUAAGGAGGCUCGACCAUUUAUAGAUUUCUUAUCAGUUGGAUCCUCGAAUUCUUAA